CCAGCCCUUUAAAAGCCGCCGGCCCGGCCAGCCGCGCCGGCGGCCGAGGUCCCCGCGCACCGGUGUACCCGCGCUCGACCGUGCGCUCCAUGCGGCCGCCCACCAUGUCCGGACACUUUCUGCUCGCGCCCAUCCCCGAGUCCUCCUCCGACUACCUCCUGCCCAAGGACAUCAAACUGGCCGUGCUGGGCGCCGGCCGCGUGGGCAAGAGCGCAAUGAUUGUGCGCUUCCUGACCAAGAGAUUCAUUGGCGAUUAUGAGCCGAACACAGGCAAGUUGUACUCGCGGCUCGUGUGCGUGGAGGGAGACCAGCUCUCCCUGCAGAUCCAGGAUACUCCCGGGGGCAUCCAGGUCCAAGACAGCCUCAGCCCGGCGGUCGACUCCCUGUCCAAGUGCGUUCAGUGGGCAGAGGGUUUCCUGCUGGUCUAUUCCAUCACGGACUAUGACAGCUACCUGUCCAUCCGCCCCCUGCACCAGCACAUCCGGAAGGUCCACCCCGACUCUAAAGCCCCUGUCAUCAUCGUGGGCAACAAGGGGGACCUUCUGCACGCCCGACAGGUGCAGACCCGUGACGGCAUCCAACUGGCCAACGAGCUGGGCAGCCUGUUCCUGGAAAUUUCCACCAGUGAAAACUACGAAGAUGUCUGUGAUGUGUUUCAGCAUCUCUGCAAAGAAGUGAGCAAGCUGCACAGCCUCGGUGGGGAGAGGAGAAGAGCCUCCAUCAUCCCCCGGCCACGUUCUCCCAACAUGCAGGACCUGAAGAGGCGCUUCAAGCAGGCUCUCUCCUCCAAGGCCAAGUCCCCCUCCGCCCUGGGGUAGACCCAUCUCCACUGGAUGGACUCGUCCCCUUUUUAUCACGCAUUCAUGCAGCUGAGAAGACUGGGGGUCACCCUUUUUAAUCACACAUUCAGAGUUUAUUUUUAUACAAACUAUUGGUUUUCAAGUGUAUGUGUAUUUCUGAAAAUUCAAAUGGUGAUUGCCUAGAAGUUGGAUAGAGUUUUUUUUUUUUUAAUGAAAGAUUUUUUUAAAACUGUAACUGCUAGCCACUUUUCCAUUAAAGGCAAAUGGCAACAUU